GGAAUGAGUCCUUUGUCCCCGUAUUUAAACUUGGACCCCAAAUACCUAGUACAGGAUGCAGAUGAGUUUAUCUUGCCAACAGGAGCCAACAAAACUCGAGGCAGAUUUGAGCUGGCCUUUUUUACCAUUGGAGGAUGUUGUAUGACAGGGGCAGCAUUUGGUGCACUGAAUGGUUUGCGACUUGGCUUGAAGGAGACGCAGAAUAUGGCAUGGUCAAAACCUAGAAAUGUACAAAUUCUAAAUAUGGUGACAAGGCAAGGAGCAUUAUGGGCUAACACUCUGGGAUCUCUGGCUCUACUUUACAGUGCAUUUGGAGUCGUCAUUGAAAAAACACGAGGUGCAGAGGAUGACCUGAACACCAUAGCUGCUGGAACCUUGACAGGAAUGCUAUACAAAAGCACUGGUGGAUUGCGGGGGAUAGCGCGAGGUGGUGUCGCAGGCCUGACGCUCACUGGCCUCUACGCGCUCUAUAACAACUGGGAGCACAUGAAGGGCUCCCUAGCCCGGCAGUCCCUCUGAGCGGGGCAGCCAGUGCCGGGCAGAGGACACGCUUGCAGAGCCACCAAUCCAAUCAGUUGCAAGAUCUAUCUUGUGCCCUUUCCCGUUUUAUUUACAAUUAGCACGAAACUGAAGGAAGCUACGCUGGGAGGAACCUCCUGACGCCAUGUAGCUGGACUGGCCUUUCCCUUCCCGCCAGCCGGUCACUGGAGAGGUGGCAAUAUCUGUUGGACCUGCACGUGAGCAGAGUGGCCACCGAGACAGUCUCCCCUGGGCCAGAGCUACGAGGCAUGCUCCAGUCACACCGCCGAACCCGCCACGCUGCCCGCUGCGUUGGGCUGCCUGCGC